AUCACUGAAACUAAGGAAAGACUUGAUAAAUACUACGGGGACUCGGCAUCAUCAAUUUUAAUGGUUAAGAAAUGGUUUACAGAGUUCCGUUGUGGUCGUACCAGCACUAGUGACACCGAACGUUCAAGUCGCCCAAAAGAAGUGAUCACGCCGGAAAUCGUCGAUAAAAUCCAUGAAAUGAUAUUGGAUGAUUGGAGAAUGAAAGUACGUGAGUUGGCUCAUGCUGUAGGUAUCUCAACUGAACGGGUACAUCAUAUUUUACACGAAUAUUUGGAUGUGAAAAAACUCUCCGUGAGAUAGGUGCCGCGAUUGCUCACACUCGACCAUAAGUGCAAUCGUGUGAUCACUUCAAAAGAGUAUUUAGCGAUGUUCAGCCGUAAUCCGAACGAAUUUUUGUGCCGAUUGGUUACUGUGGACGAAACAUGGAUCAAUCACAACACGCUAUAGACCAAGGAACAAUCGAAACAGUGGGUUGCUAAAGGUGAACGGAGUCUGUCAGCCAACGAGGUCAUGGCCACAGUAGAGGUAUGUAGCAGUCCAAAACAGUUCUGGAUGUAA